CAGAAGCAAGGCAUAAAAAAAACAAUGAAGGCUGCAUUAUUUUCAGCACUUGCUUUCCUUCUCUUCAGCUCAACAAUAGUCGCUGAUCAACCCAAUGCAGUGCUCGACGUGUCAGGUCAAGAGCUCCUGACCGGCACCGAUUACUACGUUUUACCGGUCAUCCGCGGUAGAGGAGGCGGGCUCACUCUCGGCAGCGCCACCAACGCUGACCCCAACACCGGUUGCCCGCUCGUCGUCGUUCAAGAGCAGCUGGAAGUGUCGAGCGGUCUCCCACUAUAUUUUUCACCUGUGAACGUCGAGCAACAAGGCGGUAUUGUACGUGUAUCCACCGAUUUCAACGUCAUAUUCAACGCUUCUUCGAUUUGUGUCCAAAGCACUCUAUGGGAACUUGCCUUCGACGAAUCUUUACAGAAGUUCGUGGUGGCUACCGGCGGUGUUCCGGGCAACCCGGGGCCUGAAACUCUGAACAACUGGUUUAAGAUCGAGAGAUUUGAAGAUGAUUAUAAGCUUGCUUUCUGCCCCGGGGUGUGCGAUAUCUGCAGACCUGUAUGUGGGGACUUGGGUGUUUUUAUUGAUGAUGAUGGGGUUAGGCGCUUGGUGCUUGCCGAUGAGCCAUUGAAGGUUAUGUUUAGGAGGGCUUGAAGUAGUCGUGCACAUCGAGACCUUAUUUCCCUUGGAUUUACUACCCCACACCUUUUAGCUUUUCAAUUUUAUGUAAUAUUUAUGUAUAUGAUGCCAAUAAGAUCGCAAUAAUGUAAAUCUUGGGAAGUACUAUUAUAUGUAAAAAAUAUAUAAUUUGAUUACA